AUGGCAGUGAAACACUUAAUUGAAAACCUAACAAUUCCACUGAGCGCUAAUCAAAAAGAUCUCCUAAUCAAAUCCGCUUCGUCCAUCACCGACACCAAGCUGAAAUCCGGCAUUUCGCAUGGCUUCGGUUAUCACCACGGAGGACUCCUUCCAGAAACUCGAUCUAUAAUAGAACAACUUUUCCGAAAUGGACAGCUACCAGUUUUGGUCACCACGAGUACGCUCGCGACCGGAGUCAAUCUACCAGCCCAUUUGGUGAUAAUCAAAUCCACCAAGUUCUACAAUCAAGGCGGAUUUCAAGAUUAUCCUGCUUCAGCUGUGUUGCAGAUGAUAGGAAGAGCUGGGAGGCCUCAGUUUGACACCGAAGCCACGGCACUCAUUUUGACAUCAAUCGCUGAUAAGGUCAGUAAGGUUUAG